AUGAACUACCAACACUACCAAGCAUAUGGCGCUUCGCAUUAUCCUCAAUACACUCAACAUUACGCACAAUACCAGCCUGCGCAGACCGCAGCAAUCCCAACUGCUACUCCUGCUCCCGCACAGCCUGCUGCACCUACGCCUGUCGCAGCACCAUUAUCGCGUCAACCAACACAGACGGCUGCUAAUGAGUUAGAGUCGAACGUGGAUAUCUCAACGUUGAAUGAUGCAUUGGGAAGUGCUGGGCUGGACUUACGAGCGGAGGAAGAAACACUCCAACGCUCCCAAGACUACUACAACACCUACCGAACAUACGAAGACCGUUCCCGAAAACAACCCAACUCACCCUCCUUCGACACCCGAGUCCUAGGCCAAACAAUGCGCACCAUCUCCACACACCACAAACUCUCCCGAAUCCCGGAAGACUGUGUCAACUACCUCGCACUCGCUCUACGUACUCGUCUACAAGGACUUAUAGAACCAAUGAUACGCGCUGCGAAUCACCGGACGACUGCGCAGUUUGACCGAGCGCCGAGUUUGUAUGAGGAUGGGACGCCGAUGUGGAGUGUGGUUGUUAGGAGGGAUACGAAGAAGCAGUUGGAGGUGCUUGAGAGGGUUGAGAGGGAGGAGGAGAUGAAGUUACGGAGGGAACGAAGGGAACGGGCUGAAGCUGCUGCUGCUGCUGCCGCUGCGUCUGCUGCGCAAACGGGGUCACCAUCGUUAGACGGUGCAGGAGGAGGAGGAUCGGGUGCGGACGACCCGAUGGAUGGGACAGGCGGUGCAGGCGGGACGGCUAAAAAAGCGAAGAAGAAAAAAGAAGGACCGGGAGUGACUGCGAAGAACAUGUCAGAAGACGUACAAAAACGGUUGUCGAACGCUACUGCUGCUCAAGCUGCAGGUCUUGGACGAAGAAACUACGCGUGGAUGAACGCGGGUGGUGCGGCUACGCCUCCACCAACAAAACCCAAACCAGCCGCGUCUACGUCCGCUGCGUCGCCUGCAAAAGAAAACAUGCAGACGGCGGGGCAGGGGACGUCAACGACAGGGACGGGGAGUCAGACGGCGAGUUCGUGGUCGAAGCCUUAUGUACCGGCGUCGGCGAAAGGUUCUGCGUCACCUGCUCCUGGUGAGGAAGAUAAGACGGUGAUUACGAUGCGCGAUGCGAUGUUUGUUGUUGAGCGGGAACGGGGACAUGGAGGUGGGCGGGGUUCUUUCGCUGGGAGACCUUGGGUCUAG